CAAAAUCCCAUCAGCCUACUUUGAUCCAUGGGCGGCGUCGGCUCUGCCAGAGCGUCGAUGCGCCUCUCCGCAAUCUUUUCGAAGGCGGAGCCCAUCAAGUGCUCCGGGCCAACGUGCUCCACGCCCACGAUCAACUGCUCGCUGCUUCUCCUCCUUCUCCUCUCCCUCAUCCAGCUGUCGGGACCGGUUGCCGCAAUCCUAUCAGGCGCCCUACCGGUCGACUGGGACCAGUUUGGUGUCGGCGUCGCCUUUUUGAUUGGCGGCGAGGUUGUGCGGCGCCCGAUAUUCUGCCUCCUUCGGGUCCUCUACCUGCGGCGCGCGGUCGGACUUAGCGAUGCGGAGAUCACCGACAUCGUCGGAACCCGCCUGAGCCUGCCGCAAGACUGGCUUCCGAACCUGCUUGCGGACCCGCGCACCAAGACGCGCAUCAAGGUUUGCGACGUUCUCUUCCGGAAGGGCGGGCACGUCUUUACGCUCACCUCCACAAUCAUCUUCAACGCGUUCGUGGUGGACGACCUCGGCGCGCUCGUGCUCUCCGUCUCGCUCUGCUCGGUUCUCCUCGUCAUGGUGCAGGCGAUCGCCAUCAGCCUCUUCCGCGGCGCGGCGCACCGCGGGCAUUGGUGGUGGCUCUCGUGGCUAUUCGGCGCCGCCGACCGCAUCCGCGACGGGCGGCUCGGGCAGCAGAACGCGAUGAUGGGCUCGACGUCCAUGAUGUGGGGCAUCGUCGCCUCGGCUGGCAUCGCGCUGCUCGGCCUUCCGCCGCAGGAGGAUGCGGAGAAGCUGUGGGCGCUCGCGACGCAGCUGGUGCUGCUGCCGCUGACGUACGGGGAUGCGAUGGGCGAGAUCAUCGGCACCCCCUUCGGCCGGCACCGCUUCAAGGUGAAGGGCCUCGGCGAGAUCAACGAGAAGUCGCUCGAGGGCUGCGCCGCCGUCUUCCUCGGGUCGCUCAUCCCCGGGCUGAUUGUGCUGGGCACCGGCGCCGCGGACCCGUGCGCGAUCCCGGCCGCGUGGGGGCUGGCCGCAGCCAUCGCGGUCCUCACCACCAUCACCGAGACCAUCGCCUUCCGCUCGACGGACAACUUUGUCAUCCCCGCGUGCAAUGCCGUGCUCGUCGUCAUCUGGUGGCACGUGGGCCUGGCCGUCGACGAGGGCAACGACGCGUACGACGUCCUCGACUCGUUCGACAGCGGAAACCACUCCUUGGCGGUGAAGUCGCCUGCCUUUGGGAAUACGCCGACGUACGCCCUGGUCGAGUGAGCCGAGAGGCUGAGACGGCAGCCGCCAGAGAGGCUGCGCGUCGCGUGCGUGCGCACGCUAGGAACGGUAUAGGAGACGCCGCAGUCGUGUAUGUCGUGCACAAGGUGCUACGUACGUUGUACAGGCGGUGGUCGGAAGGGAGGGAGGGGACAGGGGUGUCGUGCAGGUGGAGGUGCACACUCGUGAACAAACUGUGUCCGCUCUGUGCGCUGAGGACGGCGCACUGCUGCGGCGCUUGUGUGUGUGAGCGACACACUGCUCGGCGACUACCGGCAUGCAUUGUGCGCAAACCAUGGGUGUGAGGU